AGCCUUCACUCUCCCUGACACACUCUCACACACACUGCACCUUUCUUCAUCGGAGUGAGAUCUGUGUGUUGAGCCUUCAACUGUCUUAACUUCUUCUUCCUCCUCUUUUCGUUUUUCCGUAUCGUUUUGGAGGUGGAGACCCGUCAGGACGAGCGCGUCGCCUCCCCAGGAGCGCGCAGAUUGGCACAGGCUGGAACAAAACAGAGAGACGCAGCUCAGUGCAGCGCAGGCAGGUUUCCGUUUUUAAAGCAGCACGGGAGGCAGGAGAGUUUCGGAGUGUGCACGGGGAAGCGGUGGAAGUGUCGGCUGCACCAAGGAGACAGACGCCUUCUUCUGUGAAUAAAAACCCACCGGGAUACCGGGACGAACACUCGGAUAUGGCGGGUGUGAAGGCGAUCGACCUUCUCGUUGGAGUUGUUGUAGUUUUGCAGUGCGUGGGGAACGUCCGAGCCGAGAUCACAGCCGCUGACGGUGUCUCUUACUCGUAUGUGGGGGGGCUGGCAGGGGAUGAGGACGCAGCUGCGGACGUGAAGCUGUACAGUCACAGAUGGAGGAGACGGGUCCCCCCGAAACCUCGGAACAUGGACAGCAACAGGGCCAGUCAGGAGCAGGACCAGGAGGCGGAGCAGGAAGAGCCCGAGGGGUUCCCGGGCCUGGUCUCCGCAGAGGAGAGAGACAACAGCUCCCAGAUCGAGGAGGACACAGAUCACAACUACUACUCAUCCAAAACGUACGGGCCAUCGGAGGCAAUGAGCAAGGACUUGUGGGUAGACGUUGACCACAUGGACAAGGAGAAAGUGAAGAUCCACGGCAUUCUGUCCAACACACACAGACAAGCAGCGAGAGUCAAUCUGUCCUUCGAUUUCCCUUUUUAUGGACAUUUCCUGCGUGAGAUCACCGUGGCAACUGGUGGUUUCAUCUAUACGGGUGAUGUGGUCCAUCGUAUGCUGACGGCUACACAGUACAUCGCUCCCCUCAUGGCCAACUUUGACCCGAGUGUCUCCAGAAACUCUACCGUCAUCUACUUUGACAACGGUACUGCUCUGGUGGUGCAGUGGGAUCACGUUCACCUACAGGACAACUACCACCUGGGGAGUUUCACCUUCCAGGCCACGCUGCACAACACCGGCAGGAUCGUGUUUGCAUACAAAGAGAUCCCCAUUGAGGUGUCACAGAUCAGCUCUGUCAAUCACCCGGUGAAGGUGGGCCUGUCUGAUGCCUUUGUGGUCGUCCAUAAGAUCCAACAGAUCCCCAACGUGAGGAGGAGGACGAUCUACGAGUACCACCGCGUGGAGCUGACGAAGACGAAGAUCACUAAUUCUACCGCCGUAGAAAUGAUGCCUUUACCCACCUGUCUCCAGUUCACCAGCUGUAGCUCCUGCAUCUCCUCACAGGUCAACUUCAACUGCAGCUGGUGUCAUCGCCUCAACAGAUGUUCCAGUGGCUUCGACCGCCACCGGCAGGACUGGGUGGACAACAGCUGUCCAGAUGAGACCAAGGACAAGAUGUGCGACAUCAUCGACACCACGUACCUCUACCCCUUCACCACCACUGUUGUCGCCAAAACAACGUCCAGGAGCAGCGAGACCACUGCAGGCCGAGACAGACCCUCCACCACCCACCCUCCCACCAGUGUCCCCACCGAAGAUGAUACGAAGAUCGCUCUGCAUCUCCGAGACAACCAGGCUGACAGCGCUGUGGGCAGGAUGCCUGGUACACACCCUCUGCACACCGGUCUGAUCCUCGGUAUCCUGAUGGUGAUGCUCGUCAUGAUUGCUGGUGUCCUGAUCACCGUCUACAUCUACCAUCACCCCACCUCCGCCGCCAGCCUCUUCCUCAUUGAGAGACGCCCGAGCAGGUGGCCAGCCAUGAAGUUCCGCCGGGGGUCAGGUCACCCUGCCUACGCGGAGGUGGAGCCGGUGGGCCAGGAGAAGGACGGCUUCAUUGAGUCCGAGCAGUGCUGAGGGAGGAGGGGGUGUCCGCAUCCCUGCAUCCUCCCCCUCCCCUCCUCCCGUGCCGGCCCUCCUCACCAGGACCCUCCAGGAUGAGCUCUGCGUGGACUCGUUUAAACUUGACGUACCGGCCCAUUGAGCGCUAGAUGAGACGGGAUGCAGCAGCCGCUAAUACGGGCAAGCGAGAAAACCAUGAAAGCCGACCGAGACAGACGUAUUGCUUGGAACCGACAGAGGGAGGGAACAGUGUCGAGGGUUUCUACGGCUGCUGUCACGUUGCCAUGGAGGGAUUGUACAGCCUGACUGCUGCUGGUGUGUGUGAUGAGGGGGGGAGCAGGGUGAAUUAUACAAUAUAUAUAUUUUCUGAAACAAUAUGUGAACAGAGAUUUCCACUUUAUUGUCGGUGGGGUUAUACAGUAUAAGCCUUUGUAUAUCCAUCAGGUUUUCACCUUUUCUUUUCUUCUCUCAGUCGGUUGUUUUCAAAGGGGUUGGCACAUGUAUCUAUAUAGACCGUCGGUAUUGAUUUUCAAUACAAUAGCAGGCGUAAUUGACUUUUCCAGAGGCUGCGUGGCGUGACACGAGAUGAACUCCCGUCAGAGCGAGGCUCUGAGCAGUGAAAGUGUUUGUGAUGUUUGGCUGGUUUCAUUUUCUGAAAAUGAAGUGUAAGAUCUUUUUUGUUUUGUUCACUGAGAAUAUAUCAGUGGGGGGGUUUUGAGUGGGUGAUGGGCACGCUCUUUCCUUCUCUCUAUUUCGAUUGGUUGUUUGAUUCCUUUUGUCAUUGAUACCAUUUUAGUUUAGCGUUUUGUUUUUUUUCAUUACUGCCGUGCCAUUUUCUUUCCCUGAUGAGGGUUUGCACAUUUUUUCCCAUGCACAUUUUUUUUUCUCAUUUGACUUGUGGUACUAAUGCAAAAUUGCAAGACAGGCGCUUGUGAGUGUGAAUAUAUUUUCUAAAGUGUAUGUGUGUGUUUGUGUGUGUGAGUGAAUGCAAAAGAGAGCAGUUUACACAAGAGACUGGAUAUCCACCUGCUUUACGGGUGCGUAUGUUUGAGCUGGCUCUGCACACUUGAUUCUUAUUGAUUUGAAUCUUAAGUACCUGGAUACAGUGGAGUUUUUCUUGAUUUUUCUUUUUUACAGUGUAGUUUCCUUUUACAAGUAUGUUGCCAGCAUAACCAGUUGUGUCCAUGUUUAACAAUCAUGAGCAACUCAUCAAUACAACACAUACAUGUACAUACCAAGGCCAAAACAUUUGCAGAUUCAGGUAAUCCAUGGCAAACAUUUGUAGAAUAGCAGUAAUAGUACUGAAGAACUUUAUUUUUUAUGAGUGGCCUUUUUUUCUGUACUUUUUUUACCUAAAUGUGAAUAUUGUUCCAAUCGUUUCUAUCACCUAUCAAAACACGAGGCUUCUGACUGAGCAAAUUCAAACUCAUUUCUACUGUUAAACAUUAUUUUUAAGACAAAAUCAUGUUUUACACCAAUGAUUGUAGACUCCUUUUACCGACGCCAUCGAUAUCCUGGAAUCCUACUGAAAAAUUAAACGUGCAAUAUCACCCCUGUUCAGUUUGACACUGAAAAUGCACCUGGAUAUUUUUUUAUUUUAUUCUAUUUGUCAUCAUCACAUUGAGACCAAAGACUAAUCAGCAUCUGAGCGUGUUUUAUUUUCAAAUAUUUACCUCAGUCUCCCCUCGGCUCCACCUCAUUACCCAGAGUACCACACACAUCACACAGCUCAGUCGGUGGUAAACAGUUUUUUCUGCCAUUUGCAUUGUUGUUCCUCUAAAACCCUCCCACUAACAGCUAUCCUCCAAUCAGCUUUGGAGUGCGUCAUCAGUUACGACUGUUACACAGCUUGUUGAGUCUCUAAAAUACAAUUAACCUGAAACAUUUAACAAAUAUUUUAAAACACUUUCAAAUGUCCGUGCUGUGUUUUCAGAAUCCAUUCAGAAUGUGGAGUUAUACCUGUUUUCCAAACUGCACCUCUGUUUUAAUUAAAACAAAAAUGGUGGCUACCUGCACAUAGGUGGGGAAUGUUGUAAACCACACACGUGAUGUACGUUAGAGAACAGAAAGCUUGACAAGCAUAGCAACAGUAACCAAGGAGGCGUGGCUUAGCUGGAGGCUGACGCAGCCUCCCAUCAGAUGAUGUAAAUGCUAUGAGAGCAUUUAAUUCUCGCUACACACCCAAAGAUACACAAGCGCCACAAUGUCUGAAUACCAAAUCAAUGACUCACUGGCUGUGUUCAUUCAUCAAACCUACCCCUCUGUCAUAACUCUCACUGGUGUCGGCCUGAGAGGACAAACCUCUGCUUUUUAAACCAUAUAUUUUAUGACUCCUCAUAACUUCCUGCAGCGUCCAGGAGAGAACUGAUGGUUGAAUUUAUCAGGCCACUGCCUACAGAUAUUUUUUAAAGGAGACAUAUGAUGCUUUUUUAGUGUUUCUUUCCUCCGGUGGGUUAUAUAGGUUUUUUCUUUUUGUGAAUGUGAAAGUUCUACAAAGUUUUAAAAGCCUAAGUUUUUGGUAAAGGGAGCUGCUCUGUCCCACAGAAAACACUGAAGCUCCUGAAACGCUGCGACAGUAGUUCGGCCAAUACUUCCACAUCGUCAUGACGUCAAGUGAAAUACCGAUACCCCAUAUUUGCGUAAUAUACAUCUAGCAGCUUAUUUGGCAUGUCCCCUGACAAAGUUGACCAAUCAGAGCAGACUGGGAUGUAUGGGGAGGGGGCCUUAAAGAGACAGGAGCUAAAACCAAGUGUUUCAGACAGAGGCUGAAGAGAGGAGCUGCAGAAAUGUGACCUGAACAUUAGAGCAUGUAAACCUUUUCAAGAAAAAACUCGAAUAUGCACAAAAUGUCUCCUUUAAAAUAUUGUCAGAUUUAAUCCAUGAGAAGAAAUGCUCUCUGCAGAUGCUCGGGACAUCUGUUUGUUUUUCGCUGCCACCUGAAGCUUCAAGUGUGAUUCUCACCACUCUAAAGGUGCAGGCAGAGAAUGUGGCUGACGAUGUAACGAGUCUUGUUCAAAACCAUUUACGAUCACGCAGCAGGUCGUCUAGCAGCAGAAACCUUCACUCGACUAAUUGCUUCUACUCCCACUUUCCUAACAUGUCGUUUAGAUGAUGACGAGUGCUGUUGUUGCCAUGGGUAACUGCUGUGUGCUGUUCUUCAUCCUCAGACUCAUGGGUUGGAUUGAAUGACGAUUGCCCGAGCUGAAUGUGAAGAGCUCAGUGUGAAGAAAUGAGAUAUUAUUUUUCCUUCUGGCUUUGUUUUUUAUAUGUUAUCAUGGCGAUCCACAGCACACAAUAAAACCACACAGUAUCAUGGCUGUCUGUAAUUUCUGUAACUACUGUUGUUUGAUUACAUUUAAGAUAAUAAACAAUGUUGUU